AAGUAUUGAAAAGCCUAGCUAUCUGAAACUGUAUUGAUCUGAAACUGGGUUCUAGGUUUAUAAACACUACAGACCGGAUGGUAAAUACAAUCUCAACACAGAAGAUAGAAGAUGUUCUCACACCUAAACAUUUUUAGAAUUAAAGUCGGAUGAAGUGUUUAACUAGAAGAUAAAGAACGGAUAAAAAAUCUAGUUUUGAAAAAAUGAAUUUUUGUCAAAUAAUCUCUCUUCUUCUCUAUUCUGGACACGUGGAUUUAUUAAGAUUACAAACAAGAAGAUUUGAUGGAGGAGGAGACGGGUAUAGAAGAGGUAGAGAGCUAAACAACCAGGACGGGUUGAGUUUAGAGGAUGAAGAACACAGUUCUCCAGGUAGGAAGGUUCACUGUAGUUCUCCUAGUGGUAGUGUUGAAGGACGGAUAGUGGUUGAGGAGGAGGGGGGAACUCUAACAGAUAUGACAGUUCUAACCUGGCAAAUAGGACUUGGAGAAACAUUGUGCUACAGGUUCAGCUCCGAGGGUUCCUCUCUCCACGGAGUAGUUGAGGUUAGAUUCAGCUCCUUGAAGAGUGUUUACAGUAUCACAGAUUCAUAUCAGUUCCAGCUUCCAGCAGGACAUGCAGAGUGUAUUUGUGAUUGUCCAGGAGGCUGUUUCUUCAGUUUUCUGAAGCUGUCAUCAGCUGUCUGCUGCGCUGUCAAGGUCAAACCUAUUUCUGACAAGAAAUACCGAGCUGUCAACUUGCGAAUUCCUAGUGUUAUCGCACAGUUUGAGACGAAAUAUAUCGAUGAGAACGGAACUGUCCUUGAUACACGGAAUUACAAUGUUGAUCUGAACUCAGGGACAACAAUAGAUUGGGACGUGAGCCUUCAAGUGAGUAGUCCUGGGCCCACCUCCUUGGUCCCUCCAGGCUGGUAUGUGGUCCCAGAGAGCUCUACCCACCACCACACCCUACUGGCAGGCGAGGAGGUUAACCCCCUAGACGGAUGGGACGUGGACAAACUUGGAUGGUUUAAAACAGGUUUAAGUGGGGAAGGAGUGGCCGAAGAGCUGGAUCAGCUGAUGUUGAAGUUCUCUCCUCAAGUGGAAAACUGCGCGACUGGUGAAUACUCCGCCAUCUUUAAAUCUGGAAAGAUAAACCAGGAUGAGGUUGGAGGACGACCUGUCCAACAACUCUUCCCGUUUAUUCAAUCCGUCAGGGUCUGGAGACGACAUAUCGAGAUGGAGCAUAAAGAUUCUCCCCUUCUCUCCCUCUCCCUUCAGCACAGGUCUAGAGUAGGCGUGGUAGUGCAGAGCUCCGCCUCUCAUCUUGGAGAUUUUUCAGGAUAUCUCUACCAGGACCAAAAUUCUCAUCUUCAUCUUAAUCUGACUUUAAUCAAUGCAACAGGAACUCUCAGUGGCUUGGUUUCAGGAGAAACAGCUUCACAGGUGUUCCUAUUGAGGGUUAAUUCAAGCCAAACAAAUACUGUACGGUUGAGCAUGACAAGCUGUACUGCUGAACAGGUGAAUGUAAGCCUGCAUCCUGUAGGACGAGUUGAGGAAGUCCUGAGUAGACAGGUUCCCUGUAUUACAGAAAACCAACGAAUGUUUAGAUCCGUCCCAGGUCCAGGGCAUCAUGUGGAAGUUAAACUAGGGGUCUCCUCUGACCCUGAUUCUGAUUGGUUGUCAUGGUUUGAUCCAACUAAAAUGUUUUUUACUCCAUGGACUACUACCAGUUACUAA